UUGAAAAUUAUCAGACUUCCUUUCCAGUCCCCUUAAUCUCCUGUUCAAGUGCAGGAAACUUGGGCAAGAGCCAUUGCCUUUUUCAAAAUGUUCUCCUUCAGACACAAUUGAAUUUCAUAGGUGUUUAUAAAAUUGGUCAAUAAUAUAGUGUCUGGCCUUUGCUGAAAUUUUUUUCAUUGCAUCUCUAAUGUGCUCCUGAAGAAUCUACAUGUUUUCCAUUAGAGAUACAAAUUUUAUCUUUAAAUGCUUCCCAUAUUGCAACUUUUAGGGGCUAUAUGUGAACCAUGGAGUACUACCUUUUCUUGUACAUCCUGAACAAUCAAUAUGGGACCAAAUACUUGCUUAUUGUUUUGUACACAUUUACAUUGUGUUCCAACUAUCCGUGUAUCAAAUUCUUAAACACCAUUUAUUUCUAACAAACUGUCCAAAAAUUACAGCAUUUUUUCACCCUGUACUAAUAUUAUUAAAUGUAAAUUUAAAAUAUAUUUUAAUUCUUUAUUGAUUGUUUAAGAAAUUAUUCAAUAUAUUUUUUUCAGGUGCUAAACCUUUCAAGUGUCCUCAUUGUGAUUUACGUUUCCGAACCUCUGGACAUCGGAAAGGUCACAUCGCCACUCAUUUCAAAAUUCCAUCCAAGAAAAAGACUGCACAAGAAAAUACAACAGAACAGGAAACUGUUGCUUCAAAUAUCUUACAAAUAUCUAAUACGCAACAAGAAGAAAAUAUGCUAUCUACAAAUUCCCUCAAUAUAUUGGGAGGAAAUGUCAAUUCGGACACUGCCUCUUCACAAAUAAUUCAAGGAAUUGAAGGUGUUCAGUUGGUCACGCCUAAUGUUUUAGGUGGCAGUAUUCAAAUAACUGGAAUUGAUCCAUCUCUUCUUUCACAAACUGUGCAAAUAGAUGCACAUCUUUUACAACAGUUACAGCAACAUGGUAAUAUUAAUAUUACCAUUAGUCCUAGUUUAUUAACAGAACCUCUUGCCACAACAACAGAUACAGCAGUGAGUGAUUCUGCAAUCCUUCAAAGUACCAUUGCUAAUGACAACACGAUUACGACAACAGUCAAUCCAAAUAUUAUUAUUCAUUCCUUAACUAAUUUGAAUAUUCCUUUAAAUUCGGAACAAGAAAUAAUUACAACAGAACCUGACGAAAUAAGACCGGACGGAACUAAAACUUUUAAUUUGACUAGUUUAUCUAACAAUAAGGAAGAGAUUAUAGGGAACCAAGUCACUAUAGGUGUCGAUUCAUCUAUGAAUGUUGUAGAGGAAGAAGUUCUGGGUUUGGAAAAUGAUAGUAUCAAUGUGGAAACAGCAUCGGUCGGCAUAAGUGAAAGUAUCAUUCCAAACAUAGACCUGUUGCAUGUCACCAACGAAGAAAAUGUUGUGGCCAACCAAGAAAGGAAGCACACUUGUGAAGUAUGUAGUAAAAGUUUCAAAAGAGCGACACAUCUGAGAGACCAUUUACUCACGCACUGCAGUUCUAAUCAAAAACAGCGCCCCACUCCCCAUCAGUGUUCGCAUUGCUCGAAAGCAUUUUCCAAGCCCAGUCAACUAGAAAGGCAUAAGCGCAUUCAUACAGGUGAAAGGCCAUUUGUUUGCGAGGAAUGUGACAAAGCAUUCAAUCAGAAAAACGCCCUUCAGACCCACAUGAAGAAACAUACUGGAGAGAAGCCGUUCCAGUGCCCAUACUGCAAUACUGCCUUCACUCAAAAUGGCAACCUUAAAAACCACAUAAAAAGAGCUCAUUCCAACGAAAAGUAAAUUCUUCCACACUCCAAUUAAUGCUUCCAAUUCUUAAUUUGCCAAUUAGUGCCUCAUGUUGCAUUUCUAGUCACCGUAGGUUGAAGAACAUAUAUUUAACUCGUGUACAUAGAGAUGUUAUAUGUAUAAAUUGUACAGUUUCAAAGACUUUUUAUAUAGCUUAAUUUGUUAAAGUGCAAAUAAUAAUAAUGUCCAAACUAAACUAUUAUUUGCAUAAUUUCCAUUUUUUAAUUUUCUGAUAAAUGACUCUUACCCUCAAAUUGGGAUGAAAGGAAAAAAAGUAUAUAUAUAUAUACAUAUAUAUGUAUAUAUAUGUGAAUAUGAUGGAUUUAAGAAUAUAAAGAAAUUUUCAAUUUUUGCAAUUAUGGUUUUCUUUAUCAGAAAGUUAUAAUGCUAUUAAUUUAUAGAAUAAAAAGAGAAUUUAUUUUUGAGAGAGGUAAGUAAAUGUCUUUUAUUCAAAAAUUUCAAACUCUCGAUCAGGUCGAAACGUACAAUUUAGAAUUAAGUGAAUAGUUCAUACUGGACAUACAAUUGGAUUGAAAGGCACGCACAAUGAAUGUUUCCAUUGUGCAAAUCAAUACGGGUAAAUAGGAACACACAUACAAAAAGUAGAAGAAAAGGUCACGCAAAGCUAUUAGAUAUUUUCAUAUUGCAUAUAAAUAUAAACUUUCAUAUAUAUAAUUUUUUUUUCAUAUUCAUAUAAUUUUGUGACAAUUGUAUUUAAUGUUUCUUAAUAUGGAAAAGUUAUCCAUUAAUGAAUUAUCCAACUUAAGACUCCAACCAGUUAAUUUUCAUUUGAAAUUCAAUGUUACAGUAGAGAAAGAAAUUUAAUAUAUGUGAUAAUAAAGUGAAGGAUUUUAAUUAUAGUAGUAUAUUUUUUUUCAUUUUUAAAAGAAUUUUCUGAAGCACAAAUUCCGUCUCUGGCAGCCACAUGCAGGAUCUGGCAGAGCAACUUACCGGGAAUUUUUCAUGAAGGAUCUGUCCUGGUAUGUUGAGAUUGUUUUUUUCACAUAUCUAUUGUGAGCCUGGCCAAACCCACAAUGAGUAUGGAGAAAAAUUCUCUCUUAGUCCCCACAGGAUGGAUUCAGCCAAAGAAAAUCAGAUGAAUCAUUUAUAAAUAACAAUAUAUAAUCACUACCUUAUAAAUGCAAUAAAAUAGAUAGAUAUAAAGUAAAUGCAAAUAAU